AUGAAGAGAGCGAAGAAUGACAAGAUAGAGGCCCCAACCAACGACACGGCGGCUGGCAUGGUGGCGGCGUUACUGGACUGUGCAGGAGCCUGGCUUGGAGCGUCAGCAGCCAUUGCCGCAUUUAUGGAGGCGGCGGCGACGACGAGGGCUGCACAUGCGACCUUCUUCAUUUCCAUGGCGAACGAAGGUGGUGAUCGGCAACUAAACUCAAGAAAGGAGAGAACGAAGCUCCUCAUCUUAGAUGAACACGACAUCAUCUCAGGCGAAGAAGAACACAAAAUCGACUGUGUCCACAGGGCUCGCUCGAUGUAA